AUGCAACUCCCCACACAAAACUCUCGUCUGGGGACUUGGGGGAUUUCUAUUUGUGAGUAUCUCUUUACAGAUCGAAGAGGACUUGAGAGACUUCUCAGUGUGGAAGCGAUGAUGCCUUCACUACAAGAUCCUGAGCGCUUCAACUUAUGGGGUGCAAAAGUCAAUCGGGAUGGUCUUGUCACGUUGAUGCGUGGAUGCAAAGAUUUGGUGAUGUUGGAUGCCAGAGAUUGUUCUGUUUCGAUGAGAACGACGAUGAAAUAUCAAAGAUUGCGUCUCAUAUUAGUCAAUUUAUGUGCGAGGGAGACAUGGGAUGAAAUGCUCAAUGAUUUGCGCAAUGCGUUCAAUGAUUUGGCCGACGAGGAAUGA